AUGUUCUCAAAGAGAGCAAAGCAAGAUGCAACGUCUGCUAAAGAACCCAUCAAUGCAGAAGAUACUUCUCCAAACCCGCCUGUGGGCUCAUCGAACGAUGGCUACGACUACCCAACAGGUCUUCGCCUGGCACUCAUCCUCACCUCGAUUUAUAUCAGUGUCUUCCUCGUUGCACUGGACAAACUCAUCAUCUCCACCGCCACGCCGGCAAUCACAAACGACUUUCAGACAUCGAGCGAUAUUGGCUGGUAUGGCACCGCAUACCUCCUCACGAAUGCGGCGUUCCUGCUCGUCUUUGGCAAGAUGUAUACCUUCCUGAACGUCAAGUACGUUUUCUUAGCGGCCGUAGUACUCUUCGAGGUCGGCUCGGCGAUAUGUGGUGCUGCUGCAAACUCGGUUGCUUUCAUCAUCGGCCGUGCAGUGGCUGGUCUUGGUGCUGGAGGUGUACAGUCCGGCGCAAUCACGCUCAUUGUCUACGCCGUCCCACUGGAGAAGCGGCCGGCGUUCCAAGGACUAUUCGGUGCAGUCUAUGGCGUAUCGUCCGUUCUGGGUCCUCUUGUUGGCGGCGCCUUCACUUCUCACGUCACCUGGCGAUGGUGUUUCUGGCUGAACCUCCCACUCGGAGGGCUCGUCCUAGCCUUUGUUACAUUCGCGUUGGACGCGAAGGGCGGCUCUCAAACUAAGACCACUCUGAAAGAGAAGUUACUGCAGCUGAACCUCGAAGGUCUGUUGGCACUCCUGCCAGGCGUAAUAUGCUUGUGCCUUGCGCUAGAAUGGGGUGGCUUCACAUAUAGCGCCAUCAAAGGGAACUCAGCAGUCGCCAGCGGCAUUCAUCUUCUACCACAAGUAUUGGCAUUGGUGGUUGCUUCCAUCGUAGCGGGUGUUCUCUCCACCAAGAUCGGCUACUUCACACCAUUCCUUCUGGGCGGCGUUUGCGUUACUGCUGUCGGAGCCGGCCUCAUUACAACAUUGGGAGUCAACAGCACAGAAGGCCAAUGGAUCGGCUAUCAAGUCAUAUAUGGCUUCGGAUUCGGUCUGUGCAUCCAAGCCCCGAACCUUGCUGCACAAGUCGUACUACCACGAGAAGAGGCGUCGAUUGGAGCAUCACUAAUGCUUUUCGCCAACACCAUCUUCGGCGCGAUUUUCGUCAGCGUCGGCCAGAAUGUUCUUGACAGCAACCUCGUCAGCCGACUCAAGGACAUCAUCCAGAUCACAGCUGAGCAGAUCGAAAGUGCCGGUGCUACGGGCUUGUUAGAUAUCGUGCCAGCACAAUACAAGACGGACGUCUUGUAUGCAUACAACGGCUCGUUGCGAGUGUGCUUUCAGGUCGCCCUGGUCAUGGCUUGUGUCUGCAUCAUACCUGGUCUUGCCAUGGAGUGGCGUAGCGUGAAGAAGCAGGAUAAAAAACCGAAUGACGAGGAGACGCUGGAGAAGCAGAAAAGUAAAGGUGCUUGUGCAGCCGAGGAGGAUGUAUGA